UGCGCCCAGAUCAUCCCGUGUGUUUACCAGCAGCCUUGGCUGACAGGGCGGACUCCACAGCCUCCAUAUGGGAACCAACUGAAGGUGACACCAGGUGUUAGCUGCUGCUGCUCUUGUCCUCCCUGAGCGUCCGUGCCUCCGUUUUUUCCCCCGGUCCAUCCCCUUAAACGGUUCCCAGAAUGAGUUCGUCUCCGCUGGUGUCUCGAGCCAACAUGGACAUCCUGGACGAGCUGCAGCUGAUUGCAGCCCAGAACCUGGAGAGGCUGGAGGUCAACAAGUACUAUGAGGUGAUCAGGGAGUUGGGCAAGGGCACCUACGGCAAGGUGGACCUGGUCAUCCACAAGAUCAGAGGUACAAAAAUGGCGCUCAAGUUCCUAAAGAAGAAGACAACCAAGCUGAAGUCGUUCCUGCGGGAGUACAGCAUCUCGCUCUACCUGUCCCCCUGCCCUUUUAUCAUCAACAUGUUCGGCAUCGCCUUCGAGACGGACGAGUACUAUGUGUUCGCGCAGGAGUACGCUCUGGCAGGGGACCUCUUCGAUAUCAUUCCUCCACAGGUUGGUCUUCCCGAGGCAGUGGCGAAGCGCUGCGUGCACCAAGUAGCCAUCGCUCUGGACUACCUGCACUGUAAGAAGCUGGUCCACAGGGACAUCAAGCCUGAAAACAUCCUCAUUUUUGACCGAGAGUGCCGCAAGGUCAAGCUGUCUGACUUCGGCAUGACGCGCCGAGCCGGCUCGCCCGUGAAAAGGGUGAGUGGCACCAUCCCCUACACGGCCCCGGAGCUCUGCGACGUGUCCCGCCACGAGGGUUUCUGCGUGGACUACAGCACUGACGUCUGGGCCUUCGGCGUGCUGCUCUUCUGCAUGCUGACCGGCAACUUCCCCUGGGAGAAGGCGCUGCCCUCCGACUCCUUCUACCAGGAGUUCAUCCGCUGGCAGAGGAGGAGAACAAACACGGUGCCGUCCCAGUGGAGGCGCUUCACCGAGCAGGCCCUCCGCAUGUUCCGCCGGCUGCUCUCCGUGGAGCAGGACCGCCGCUGCUCCGUCAAAGAGGUCUUCGGGUAUUUCAGCCACUCCUGGAUGCUGGACGUGGAGAACAACAACGGGAACGGCAACAGCAACAGCGGAGGCGGUGGAGAGAGGGUUAGCGGCGGGGGUGGAGGAGGAGGAGGUGGAGGAGGGGGAGGGGUGCGGGGAGAGGUGGACGGCACCAUCUCAUCAUCCUCGUCCGGAGAGGAAGACGAGGAGCUGCUUGUGGAGAGGAUGAAGCAGCAGACUUUAUCUCCUCUCUCCCCGCUGUCGCCCCUCUCUCCCUUGUCUCCGGUGGCGGUGGAGAGGGGCAGCGGCGGCGGGGCCAAGGGUGGGAUGAUGGAACCGAGCGGCGGCCACCACUUCGUGUCCGUCUCCACCAACAGCUCCGUGUCGUCCACUAACAGCUACGAUCGAAUGCCGCGGGAGAACAGUUCGCCGGGGGGUCGCAUGCUGGUGGCUACGCCCAUCGAAAUCUGCGUCUGAGCGCGCCAGAGCGCUAACGCUGUCACUGACUCACAGCUACACACUUUUAUACCUCUCAUCCAACCACACUGACGUGCAUGCGUGGAAAAAGAAACAAGCAGACGACGAAUACUAACACGUGUCCUGUUAAACGUCUUGAGAAAGGAAGAGCACACACACACACACACACACACACACACACACACACGCACACACACGGAUGGUAUAGUCGUAGGACAUUCACAUUCCUCAAGAGGAAGGAAGUUUCGGUCAAUGUGGCGACUCCGAGAGAAGCCCCCCAUCCACACUUUGAUUUCAACGAUGCGUUCAAACCCACAGGAAAAAUGAAAAAUUGCUUCCAUUAGAGAUCCCGUCACUAAAACCAUCCGGAAAGAAGACCAAAAUGUAUUUCUUAAAGCAAUACUUCCAGCAAAAAAAAAAAAAAAAAAACACAAACAAAAAAAGCAAACAGGGACACAAAGGCGGGAGAGUGCUGUGUGACCUCUUCGGGACGAGGCCGGCCGUCAUUUUUUGAUGAAGCCAAGGGACGGACGAUUUGUAUUUUUCAAGACGUUUCGAGGAAAAGGAAACCUCACGGGAUGACGAAGCGAGCGCGCGGUGGUUUUAAACGUUUCACGUGUAACGAAGGUGCGAAAGCGCGAGUGUGUUUGCUGUGCGUGUCGCUGUGCGUUCGUAUGAAUCCAAAAAGAAGUGGAUUUAUUUUGCUUUGAGAAUUUUGUUAUUUAUUUGAAUCUAAAAAGACUACACACUCUAUUUUUUCUAUUGUUUUUUUUUUUUUUUGUAAAGCAGCUUUGGUUUAUUUUCCGUUCGACUUCUCGUUGUAAUUUGAUGUUCUGGCUUCGCUGUGCCAAACCCACUUCUCUGUGCAACACGUUCGGCUGGCUGCCGUAGACGCUGGUUUGAGUAGUUGUAUAUUAUGUAUGAGGUUUAACCGGUGGUCUUCAGACCGAGAGAAGGCUUACGAUGUCUCUGUUCUUCAUGUCAAACAUAUCUACUUCUCUAGCGAAAGACUAUUUUGUACUCACUCUUGAAAUUCUGUUUUCUUUGACACUUUUCCCAGAUGAAUUCUGUUUGUAUCGCUUCCGUUUUCUUCCGAGCUUCUAGCAAACUGUUGCUGUCUGAAAAAGAAAACGAUCACUUCACAUUUUCAAUCCAAUCCGAAGAAGAAGAGAAAAAAAAAAAAUCGCAGGAGACGUCAAAGAGUCGCCUUUUAUAAACUGCAUGAA